CCAAUGCGUGUCACGUGGUAGUUUUGUACACUUUGAAUCAUUUUGUACGUCUGUAUGUGACAUUUGCCUUUAUGUACGGGCCGGAUUUUGAGUGCCGGCUGUCACGUGGUUAACGCUUGUGUAGUCUUGCUCGCUCUGUGUUUUAUUCGUUGAUUAAUUUUAUGGUUAUUGGGUUUUUAUGAUUGGUGAGUGGUUUUGGUUGAACUUUUUGUGAGAGUUUUUUUCGCGGGGGUUUGGACAAUGGGGCUUUGGAAAAUACGGCGAUGAGGUGGCCCCGGGGGAUGAGAAUUAGUGGAGUCAGACGUGUUCUAUGAACUGAUGAGCAAUUUGCGGUUACUGCGACUGUUUGGGGGUGGAGUUAAGUAACGUCAUCCAAAGACACGUUGAGAGUGUUCUCGUUGAGGAUCUGCUGGUGAGAAGGGGGUGAGGUGUAGUGAUUGCCACUGGAAUUCACCUUGGCGCUAUCUCCGUGGUUUCACUUCCAUUCACCCUUCGUCCGUCUCGAGACUCGAGGUGAAGUGAGACAACGUGAUACUGGCGGAGGGGAAUAUUUUUCAGAUUGAGUUUGCAGGAUUUUUCGAGCUUUUUUUUCCCGGAGAAGACACGCUUUGAGGGGGAUUUUUCUUUGAUGGUGGAUUAUGAGAUUAUUCGCGUGGAAUUUAGGGAUCUGAUGAUGAAUACUUUGUCGAUCGACGUCAUGGACGGAUUGAUGCUGCACCAAGUGCCAUAAUAAGUUGAGCUGACUUCCUAGUGUAGUCAGCCUGUAAUUCACAAGUCCGUAAGAUGCUGACGACACCGAGAAGCUCUGGUGCACACACUGGAGUUACUAAUUCCCAUGACGUCAGUAAUGUCGCGUUUGCAUAUCACGUUACAAAGUUUUCGGCAAUUAGUCGCUGAAGGCGAGAGUAAAACUCAAGUUUAGAGUUGUUUAAGGGUGAAAGUUUCCGACAUUUGUGGCUGAGAUUGAAAAUAGGGAGACAGUACUCGUGAAUUUGUUGAUUCUGUGGGAAGUUGUUGUGGGGCCGGGGGGCCGGUUGGUGGGUGUACAGGGCAUGGUGGUGGCGUUUUUGGUUGCCAACAAAUGCUGCAAUGCUUGGACGAUGCCAGCCGGCAGCCUGGACGUGGCUGCUGGUACCAAUGCUGAGCACGAGCAGGAGUUACACCGACGUAAGGAGAAUAUUAGUCGUUUUAAUUGCCACUGCUGUCUGGGGGGUCAAUGCUGGACCUCGGUACGCAUCCAGAAUAGUGGAGACGAAGAGUGGCCAGAUACGAGGCAUUUUGCAGGAAUUGAACACGAGACUCGAUCCAGUGGAGGUGUUUCGUGGUAUACCUUACGCAGCACCACCACUAGGUGAUUUACGACUGAGGCCGCCGUCACCCCCGUCACCGUGGUCGGGUGUCAGGCUCGCUGACAGUUUCGGCCCUGUUUGCCCUCAAAAGCUCCCGGAUAUCAGCAAUCGCACGGCUGCGCUCGAGAAAAUGCCACUUGGGAGAUACAUACAAAUACAGAGGAUGAUCACGUUCCUGGGGAAUCAGAGCGAGGAUUGUCUCACUCUGAAUUUGUACAUACCGGGAAGUGGCUCCAGGGGACUAGAGGCACCUUACGCUGUUAUUGUUUAUGUACAUGGUGAGAGCUUUGAAUGGGGAACUGGAAAUGUUUACGAUGGCUCGGUACUUGCCAGUGCUGGACAUGUUAUCGUCAUCACAAUUAAUUACAGACUGGGAAUUUUGGGUUUCCUGAGAACUCGAGCGGUGCCAGACACUAGUGCCGAGUCCGGUGGCAAUUUGGCUCUGAGGGACAUAGCGAUGGGCCUCCGCUGGGUGCGAGAGAACAUAGGGGCAUUCGGUGGUGAUUCAACGAGGGUGACACUGAUGGGUCACGACACUGGCGCAGCACUAGUCAAUCUCGUUCUCCUCGCACCGUUCGCCAAAGGUCUAUUACACCGAGUAGUCCUGCUAAGUGGCUCGGCACUGAGCCCCUGGGCAACAGUUCACGAUCCGAACGACCUGAGGGCCCGAGUUGGCGAGCAAUUGGGCUGUUCAAUGGACAAUGAAGAUGAUGAUAUUGCCGAUUGUCUGCGCGGUGUGCCACUCAGUGUUCUACUCAACGUCGAGCUCCCAGAGAUCAAGUUCAUGCCGCGUGUGGGCCCAGCACUGCCGGUUGACCAAAAUAAUCCAGAUCCUGGAUUGGACAUGGAGCGUGCCAGUGAUGCCUUUAUCAAAGUGCCACUGAUACUCGGGGUAACUACCGCCGAGGCAUGCUUUGACUUCAAUGAGAAUGAAAUUCAAUUUGGCAUUGAGGAGGAUCAGCGCAAUCGUAUACUCAGGACGUACAUCAGAAAUGCCUACUACUAUCAUUUGAAUGAGAUAUUCUCCGCUGUACGCAAUGAGUACACUGAUUGGGACAAACCGACGCUGCAUCCAAUUAAUAUCAGGGAGUCGACGAUGGAGGCUUUGAGCGAUGGACACACCGUUGCUCCACUCGUCAGAAUUGCGUUCUAUCAUGCGAGGAGGGGAGCGCAGACCUACUUCUUUCAUUUCAGUUAUCAGACGAAGGACAGCGUCUAUCCUCAGCGGCUGGGUAGUGUUCGCGGUGAGGAUAUCGCCUAUAUCUUCGGCCUGCCGCUCAUCUCAGGCGGUCCUUUCUUCCCCCUAAAUUACAGCAGACAGGAUCAAGGAGUUUCCGAAGCUGUUCUAACAUUUUUCACAAACUUCGCUAAGACUGGAAAUCCAAACGCCCCCCACAACAUUGAAUCCGUGGACUACGGUACUGUUAAAGAAAAAGCACGUUUUCGUGGUCUCACGUGGGAUCAGUACGAGACUGGCUCGCAAUUCUACUUAACAAUAGCGCAAAAACCGAGAAUAAAGAGCCACUACCGGGGUCAUAAAAUGGCAGUGUGGCUCAAUCUCAUUCCCCAGCUUCAUCAGCCCGGUGACGAGGACGUAUCGAUGCGUCAUCAUCACUUCAGGGAGCAUGGGGACCACCUCUAUGCGGGCGCAGUACGUGAUGAAUGGCACACCCCAGUGCCCCUAAUAGCCACAACGCGUAGCAGUACAUCAUCAACCACCUGCACAACAUCAAUAUCCGAGGGCUCGAGCACCCCCGACGUAACGUCAGUCUUAAACGAGAGAAAAGACAGUUACGAGCAGCUCGCAUCUCGCCAGUUCUACAGUACAACGACAGCCCUGGCGAUAACAGUGGGUGUAGGCUGCAUCCUCCUCGUCCUAAACAUGUUGAUAUUCGCUGGUAUUUACUACCAGCGGGACAGAGACAAGAAGCGAGCAGCCCUGGAGUGCAUGUCGAACGGUCAGGAGUCGCUGCCGAUGACGACGAGACCGACGAACAAAACCACCGACAAUCCACCGCCCUCUCAGGAGCCCCCGCCCUCGUACACGACCCUGGCUCGUCCCCCCACAAUUCAGGAGUCCCCAAUCGAGGACCCUGGCCACGAGGAGGGCCUGGAGGAGCGCCAGGACGAGGAUGUUCACGAAAACAACAGGGAAAUCGUUGGCAAUUCCGUUCACAAGGACACAACACCCCCCAAACCACCCACGAGGACCACCAGCUCUCUGAGCACUGGUGGCACCAUCAAGAAACGAGUUCAAAUACAAGAAAUAUCUGUAUAGCAUUAGGGAAUGCCCCAGGGGGGCAACAAACCCAAGCACGUCACAUUCGUCGAGGUCGACGAACAGGUCGAAGACACCAGAUUCUAAAGAAACAAUCGUUUGUGCUUGGAUCAUUAAUUUUUGUACUCUGAUUGUGACCUAUUGUUUGUGGAUACUAUCGAUCAGUACGAUAUUAUACAUUGGACCAAUCUGAAUUAUUACAGUGGCUAGGAUGUAACUUCAUUGAGUAAUUAACAUUGACUUUAAAUUGUGUCUCGUGUGAGUGGCUCGAGUGAACAGGGAGUGAGCUAGUUUAUUUCUGGUGGUGGAGUGAAACAACUGCCGCGAUUUGGGGACUAUCCAUUGCUCUUGAGAGUGCUUUUUCCAUUUCGGGGAGGAGGACUAUUGAUUGUAAUCGCACCAUCUUUUCAUAUGCAAAUGAGUAAUUGUGGUUUAGAGGUUUUGCUGAUAAGAAUGUCUUUCUAUUUGAGGUAAAACGUCGUAUGGUAACAGUAUGAAUAAAAGAUUUUUCUUUAGAAAUUAA